ACACUCAUGAGAGCUGAGCAGUAAGUACUGAAGCGGUCACGAUGACAGCUCAACCCAUACGUUGCUCAAUGGGAAGCAAAGCGUCAUGAACACCAACUUUACAAUCACUCCGGAGGAUGCCAGCUUGGACCCAAUGGUAGCAGCUGCACUUACCAGCCCGCUCUAUGAUCCCUCAGCCAAGGAUGCCAUGUCAUCGCCCACUAUGCCAAAGCUACUCCGGGCACCUUCUGUCUUGAAGAAGGUUCACAACUUCGGCAGCGAUUGGGAGCUAUACAAGCGCGCCGGACCUCGCUAUCCCACCUCGAUUGAUCAGCUACUUAUGCAUUAUCACCAAGAGCAUUGCGGUUCAUGGCAACUUGCGCACGACCUAGGCGCCGGAUCCGGCGUAUACUCCACAACGCUUGCGCGCUUCUUCAAGCACAUACACGUUUCUGAACCCUCCUCAUCCGGCCUAGCCACCACCCGGCAGUCUCUAAGCGAGUGGGGCGCACAGAAUGCUAAGAAGCGUGGCCGCUUCACGUUCUCGGUUACCAAGCCAGAGCAGGCUGAAGAAUGUGUGGCGGAUGGUAGCGUCGACAUGGCUGUCAUGACAGAGUGCGCUCACUUCACCAAUGCCGAGGAAGCCGUCCGUAGCAUCGCAAUGACGCUCGUUCCCGGCGGUACGCUGGCUAUCGUCACACAUCGGCCCGUGGCGCAAGUGGUCGGCAAUGAGAAAGUCGCCGCCGCUGUAGAGCGCCUUUAUGACGCCUGGGGCCGCCGUCCGUGGGAUGUGGCCGCAGGUACUGAGUCCAGAACCCAGCAGCUCUUCAGCAUGGGCUUGGAUUUUGUCCCGAUCCCGUCUGAUUUGUUCGUUCACGACCGUACGCGCCGCAUUACGAUCAACGCUCAUGGUCGACCGCGGGAGUUCUUCCAUGUCCCAGGUGUUGACCAGGCUGCGGAUGAGGAUGCCGCUAACAUGAGUCCGGCCGAUAUGAUGGAUAUGGCCACCAGCCGCGUCAAUGAGAAUGAGAAGAGGGUCAAUUAUGGUGAAGAAGACGAGCAGGGCAGAGGGUGGAGGUACGAGGUUGGGUGGGAGAGUUUCAGGACGAGGAUUAGCAUGCUUGAUAGCCCGGAGACUGUGCGGAGGCUGGAGCCGCAGUUGAAGGAGAUUCAGGACUUGAUCAUGAAGACAAGCCCUAAUGGAGUGAAGGUGGUUGUGGAGUGGUCUGUUGCUGUGGUGUUAGCGAGUAGGAAGUGAAGAAUGACGAUGUUCUUGACCAGUGGGUUCGGCGGUUAAGCCGAGAAUUAUACAUAGAAGAGAACUUCUCCACACUCCUUUC